GACAUUCGGAAAACGUCAAAUGGUGGGUGCUGUGUGAAAAAUUCUAGUCAGAGAAAAAUGAAAAUUUCUCAGUGAAAAACCUUUUUGGGCAUUAGGAAAAUAGCACAGGGUGCUAGUUGAGGAAAUGGAGAGGCACGGAAGGCACAAAAGCGCUGGUGUUAAGAAUGAAUGCGUUCAGGUGGUGGUGCGAUGUCGUCCGCUGAGUAAUAAGGAGGAGGCUGGGAAUUACCAGAAGGUCGUUGAAGUGUUCCCAGCGCGCGGGGUGGUUGAGAUUCAGAAUCCCCAGGAAGUCACGAAGGAGAACCGGAAGAUGUUCACGUAUGAUGCGGUUUACGGGCCAAAUGCAACGCAGCAGAAUUUGUACGAUGAAACGGUGCGCCCAUUGGUGUCGUCUGUCCUUGAGGGCUUCAACUGCUGCGUCUUUGCGUACGGGCAGACGGGCACGGGGAAGACGUACACAAUGGAGGGGGUGCGCGGGGACCCGGAGGACAAGGGAAUCAUCCCGCGGGCAUUUGAACAAAUCUGGGCACAUAUAAAUCGUGCGCAGAAUAUGAAUUUCCUCGUGGCAGCGUCAUACCUUGAGAUCUACAUGGAGGAGCUGCGGGAUUUGCUGAAACCAUCAAAUCGUGGCGGUUUGGAGCUUCGUGAGCGUGAGAAUGUCGGUGUGUACGUGCCCAAUUUGCAUUCAGUCCUCUGCAAGAAUGUCGAGGAUAUGGUGAGUGUAAUGAAUCAGGGCAACAAAAAUCGUACAGUGGGCUAUACGAAUAUGAAUGAACACAGCUCACGCUCUCAUGCCAUUUUCCUCAUUAAAAUUGAAAUGUGCGAACUGGACAGUAACACGGUGAAAGUUGGCAAGUUGAAUUUAAUUGAUCUCGCCGGGAGUGAGCGACAAUCAAAGACCGGAGCCACAGCGGAGCGCCUAAAGGAAGCCAGUAAGAUUAAUCGUGCUCUCUCAUCACUGGGUAAUGUUAUCUCAGCGCUUGCUGAGAAUUCCCCCCACAUUCCGUAUCGUGAUUCAAAGCUGACGCGCCUCCUGCAGGAUUCCCUCGGUGGGAAUUCCAAGACCAUCAUGAUUGCCAACAUUGGGCCAAGUGAAUACAACUACAAUGAAACCCUGACCACGCUACGCUAUGCUAGCCGUGCUAAGACAAUUCAGAAUAAACCCGUGAAGAAUGAGGAUCCACAGGAUGCAAAAUUGAAGGAAUACCAGGCGGAGAUCGAGCGUCUGCGGCAGCUAAUUGAGGAACGACAGAAGCGCGAGAGGAGCCUUCCGCGGAGGCGGAAGCAGAAGAAGCGUGUGCAUGAGUACGAGAAGGAGGAGGAAAGUGCCGAAGAGGAGGAGGAAGAGUACGUGAGUGGUGAGGAGAAUAGCAAGGAUAAUGAUUUGCUGCAAAUGGCCGAUAAGGAGUCCAAAGAGAAAAUCCUCCGGGAGCGUGAGGUGACAAAUCAGCUGGCGAGUAAACUGCAGGAGCUUGAAGGGCAGCUGGUGCGUGGUGGGAGGAAUAUCCUGGACACGUACACUGAGCGACAAAUGGAGCUUGAGCGGAAACUGUCGGAGAUUGCGGAGCGCAAAAAGCGCGAAGUUGAGAUGCAGCAGCAGUUGGAGCUGCAGGAGGAGACAACGCUGGAGAUUCGUGAAACGGUGACUUCGCUGCAGCAGGAAGUUGACGUGAAGACGCGCAAAUUGAAGAAGUGCUACGCCAAAUGGGUGGCACUGAAGCAGGAACUUGUGGAUACGCGUGAGGAGCACAAUCGUGACCGCAGAGAGUUGGAAAUGACACAGAAUGAGCUGAUAAAGGAACUCAAGCGCCUCCUGUUGAUUAUUGACAACUUUGUGCCGGCCGAAGUGAAGUCACGCCUCACGACACAAGCGAGGUACGAUGAGGAGCAGGAAGAGUGGAAUCUCUGCCCCCUAAUCGCCAUGGAUGGGCAGCAAAUGCGACGCCCAGUGGCACAACCAGCACGUCGUCGUCCUGUGUCGGAAUACGCGUUGCAGCAGAUCCGCCACGGGGGGCAGGAGACACUUCGGUAUCGCGGUGAGAAUAUCCUUUCGCACGAACUGGAUAUGCCACUGCGGACGACAUUUGAGUACAGGAAUCCCAAAGUGUCGGCAUCGCUGCAGGCCGUCCUGGCGGAGGCAAUGCAAACUGAGGGGGAUUUGGACAUUUCCACAGAUCACAGCAACUACACGAGUCAGGUGAAGUCGCGCCUUGACAAGAUAAUCAAUCGCAAUGUGAACAAUCCCGACGCAGCGCCAGCAGCUUCGCGUGCACGUUCCUCCCGCCCUGAAACAGCUGCUGCACGCUCAGCCAGCGCCAAGAGGUCCACAUCGGCCUACCCCAAAGCCAGAGGACUGAUCCCCAAAUAGGCGCCCAAACUCCGCCAGAAUCGUGCAAUUUAAUCUCCUCCCCCAAACUAACUACAAAAAAAUUCCCACAAAAAAGUAAGACUUUCUCAUUUCUUUAUUUUUCAUCUCUUUUUUUUUCUCGCAAAAUGUGAUUUUUUUUUACGAGGCUACGUUACUUAAUAUUCUUGUUUUUUUUCUAUAUACAUUUAUUAAUCCCUUUUUUAUUUAUUAAAAAUAAAUAAAAACUAUUUAUUUCGUUGCAUCACACCUCCCCUAUAUUUAAUCUCUGCAAUAAAACUUGAAAAAAAAGUGUGUAAAAGUUUACCAAUAAAUUAUUAAAGUGCUUCAGAUAAAAAGACAAAAA